ACUGUUACAAGGAAAACGUAGUUUGAAUGACGUCGAUCAUUUAUUAGUAACUAUCAGCGUCUUCAACCCAGCAGCAAUCAGUAUGUGAGUGGAGGUUCAUAUCUCUGGUCCAGAGAACAGCGUGAGGCGAGCAGCGUGUGCAGCAGCGAAUGUGAAGUGAGCAGCGUGUGCAGCAGCGAAUGUGAAGUGAGCAGCGUGUGCAGUAGUGUGAGGAGAACAGCGAGUGCAGCAGUCUGACAUUUUUGGGUUAUCUUAGUGUGAAGAUGAGCAGCAGUGAGGUCAAGUGGCUGCGACCGGUCACCCUGACUGAGGAAUUAACGGAAUUAGGUCACCGGAACCGGAUGUACCUAACCUGCUACACGUUACACCUGGCUUCAUGCCAGCCUCUUCACCAUGACCUGGUGUACUCAGCUCUUACUCACCUGUUCAGGAAGGUUGAGGUGCUGAGGGUCUGUCUUGGUCAACGUGAUGGACAGCUGUGGCUCCGACAAAUGAAUGGUUGUAACCUCGACUUCAAGAUUGUGGAACAAAGAAAGACGGAGGAAGUGGAGGAAGAGCUGACUCGCUACAUCUACAACACAUCUGAGGGACCCAUGUGGUGUGUGAGGCUCCUUGGCCUGCCACCUACACCAUCCUCCACCGAUCUGGAUUCGAUUUUCUCUCAUAAUUACGCUCUCAUGUUUGGUAUUCACCAUUCGUUAGCUGACGGGUUCACUAAUAUCAAUAUCUGCAACCUGGUGCAUACCAUUCUAGACGAUAUGGUUGCCGGUCGCCCUGUGAACGACGAACAACAGGUGGGGAAGCUCGUUGGUGACGAGCAAACUCAGAAACUUUACGAAGAGCAAAGGCAAAAGUUGUUGGGAGAUCCGGAACUCAAGGAAAGAGUCAGAAAGGAGUUUCAGGAUGGUGCUGAUACUCGUCCUCUUUUCCUGGAUGCCUUUCCUGUUUCAGGACGAACCGAUGUGAAAACCUGCUUUGUUAAUAUUCAAUUCGACAAGAAUCUAACGUAUUCUUUUCGUCGAAAGUGCAAAGAAGAGGGAGUUACGCUUCACUCUGGACUUGUAGGUGUCAUCAACGCCACCCUCAUUAAUCUGCUUGAUGAUCAUUGUGAAUUGCCACAUGAAAUAAAUUUUCGGGCCGGGCAUGACGUCAACUUGAGACGGUAUUAUGAAGGUGACACCACAGGUAUUUACGGCAAUCAUGUCCCUACAUUUGGCUUCAGAACCUCUUUCAAAACCUCUGAAAACCUGAUGUCCAAUUUUUGGCCUAUAGUAAAGGAGUUUCACAAGAAAUUACAUUCUCAUUUAAGUGAGGGCCGCCCCCUGCAAGUUGUGGCUCUUAAGUUGAUGGAAAAAUCAAAAUCUGAAAUUUUAGAUGGAUAUUUUACAAGCCAGGGGAUGCCUGACAGCUAUUACACUGUAUCAAAUUUGGGUGACGUGACACCAUUGUUCACUGGUGAGGGUGACUGUGUGAAGGUUGUGAAGCUCACACGACUCUCAUCUAUACGAUGCAUGAACAGUUUCAUAUGUUUUUUUGCCCACAGCCUCAAUGGACGCUUGGACUUAACUAUGGGGUUUUCAAACCGUUUCUUGGACCAUAAGUUUGCCAAGGAGUUCAUGGACAUGAUGAGCGUUAACAUGACAACUUUGAGUCCAGCAUGAUUUUGAUAUAUCAAUGAGAUGGGCGAACCACUCCGUAAUUAUGAAAUGAGAGUGACUUUCUGUUUUAUGAGGCCUAGUAAGUACUUUCAGAUGAACAUUAAACAUAGUGAAUUAAUAUUGCUAUUGCUAGUAUUCUCAUCUAGUUAUCUUGCACAGCUAGGCUACUGGGGCUUGUAUAUUGUUCAUUUAAAUAAAUAAUAUAAAUAA